UGUGUAUCCCAAAACCCAACAAAACGGUUGUAGAAUCCGACCCUUUACUUCUCUGAAGUUACCAGCAAGACAAAGUCAAAGAUUUUUUAAAAAAUUUAAUAUAAUUUUGGUUGCAGACUAUAGCAAACUUGGAACUCAUCACAUCUGUUGAUUCUUGACGUCUCCCACUAAUCCAGACCGUCCAUUAGAACAGGGAAAGCUUUUCUUCUAUUUACACGUGCAUUUCAUCUUUUUGUUGCCCUUUUCAUUCUCUGUUUUCAUGCACAGAAUAGAAUUCUUCUCCCAACUAUAUAACAAAAUUUAGUGGAAGAGAGAGAGAGAGAGAGAAGGAGAGAGAAAAAGAAGGGAGGAAAUGGACUGAGAGGAGAAGAGACAGGAAGAGCCAUGGGUGCAGUUCUAAUUGCUACUCUUCAUCUCAAUUUACACAAAUUUUUGUUCCCAGUUUUCAUUUUUGUCAGAUCUUGUUCUUGACCAGCAUUUUCCCACCUCCAAGAACAUAUCAUUUUCAUAAAUCUAUAUACAUGUUCAAGUGAUCUUGUUCUAACUGGGUUUCUUUGGCUGUGAUCCAUGGAGAAUUCUAAAGAAAACAAGUUUGUGUGCAACUUUUGUCACAAAAGCUUCACGUGUGGGAAGUCCUUGGGAGGUCAUAUCAGAAUUCACAAGAACGAGAAACAAACGGAAAGAACCAAUAUCUUGAAGUUUCAAGUUCCUACAGAGAGAAGAAGAAGCAAGAGAGAUUCAGAAUCCGAGUUUGCUAAUGAUAAUUCAGGCUAUGGCUUAAGAGAGAAUCCCAAAAUUACACAGAGAUUUGCUGAUUCGAGAUACCCUUUAAUGCAGGAGAAGUUUUGUAGAGAAUGUGGCAAAGGGUUUCAGUCCUCAGAAGCUUUGACUUGGCAUUUGGCUUCUCACUCUCAAAACAAUAUUUAUGGGAUCCCUCAUCAAAAGCGGGAGUUCAUAGACAAUCGAUCGGACAUACCUGACAAAGUCCGGGAGGCGGCUAUGUGCUUGAUGAUGAUGUCUGAUAGCAAAUCAUUUGCCUCUCACUCUAAUGGAAGGCUGGAAAAGCUAGACGUUUAUGAAUGCGGCGGUGAGAAUUCCGACACUGAAAAUUUCAGACAAGAAGUCUACAAGAGAGUUAAACUGAAAGUGUGUCUUAAUCGGGGUGUUAUGGAUGAAGAAUAUAAGAACCCAGAUGGAAAAUAUGGAGUGAGGAUAGGAAAAACCAAAGAGAAUGAUGAACAAGUGCAUGCAUCUUCUUACAAGUAUGAGCUAAGAAAGAGGUUGAACAAUGAAUCAUAUAGUCCUAAUUUCAGAGAGAUGUAUACAAAAAUGAGCAAUGGCUGCGAGUGGACGCAUCAGUCAGGUGAAAACAGCGUUACAAAUUCCAUGUCCAUACCAGCUAGGGAGUUAACUGAGUUAAGCAAUGGCAAAAACAAGGCUCACCAAGACAGUUCUGGAAAUGAAGAGAAGAAAUUAGGAGCCAAAAAGAAACACAAGUGCCCAAUUUGCUUCAAGGCUUUCAAAUCAGGGCAGGCUUUGGGGGGACAUAAGAGGUCCCAUGUGGUCGGGAGUUUAGAAGAGGCAUCUAUAGUGACAAGGCCAGAGUCCAAUGGGAUGAGUGGUCUAAUUGAUCUUAAUGUUCCUGCUCCUAUGGAAGAAGAGGAAAGUGGGAGAUGGGGUGAAGGCUGAUGAAGGAUCCAGGAGCAUGUAGCCACCAAUCCAAUAAUACGGGCAAGUCUGUGAUAAUUGGUUCUAUCUUGUCCUGAUAAUGUGAGGUUAUCAAACUUGCAAAUGAAGUCUGUAGGGCAUGUUUUUGGCAUUUGCUUUUUUGUUUUUAUCAUUGUUUUAGGUUCCUUGACUUUUUUACUGAUUUUUUAAUUUUUUGGACCAAACAUGUGAGCUGAAUCCUCUAUUUCAAAUUUAUUGUCAUGUCCAAAUGUUUGGGCAUUAAGCUUGGAGAUGGAGGAGGGGUUCCCUAUUUUUCUCUUUUUGUUUCAGUCAUGAAUUUAGGGUCGUUUUGUAGUGAUUCUCAGUUGAAAUCUCU